AUGGUUAUAUUUAAAUCUAAACUCCCUGAUCUAAAAAUCCCAUAUGUUGAUGUUUAUCAUCAUGUGACCAGUAAUCCUAAUUCCAUUCCUGAUACUAAACCAAUUUUCAUUGAUGGGUUGACUAACGAAAAAAUCACUUUUGGUGAAUUUAAAAGUUAUACUCGAAAGGUUGCCAGUGGAUUAAAAUCAAUUGGAUUUAAACCUGGAGAAGUUUUGGCAAUUGUUUCCCUGAAUCACAUCCAUUAUCCUAUUGCGUUAUUUGGAGUCAUUGCAUCUGGUGGAAUUGUUACAUUAGCUAAUUCUGGUUAUAAAGCUCAUGAAUUAACACAUCAACUAUCCGACUCCAGAGCAUCAGUCAUCAUUGCACAUCCAUUACUAUUACCUACUGUAUUGGAAGCUGCAAAAAAUGUAAAAAUACCAACUUCCAGGAUCUUUGUAUUUGAUGAAAAGGAAGACCUUGAAAAUGGCAUUAAACCAUUCACCAGUCUAUACAAGGAUGAUGAUGAUUCAGCAAUUAUUCAUUAUACAACCGAAGAAAAAGUCAAAUCAACUACUGCCUAUUUGUGUUAUAGUUCUGGUACAACUGGCAGACAAAAAGGUGUUGAGACCACACAUUAUAAUAUGAUUGCUAAUCUUGAACAAGUAUAUCAUUUCGAGAAAUUCACUCCUGAUCUUGUCUUCUUGGGAAUAUUGCCACUUUUUCAUAUAUAUGCAUUGAACAUUACUCUGCAUCAAGUAGCUUAUAGUGGAGCGUCAGCAAUACUUUUAUCAAAAUUUGAUAUAAAUUCAUUUUGUCAAACAAUACAAGAUUAUAAAAUAAAUCUUGGAUAUAUAGUUCCGCCGAUUUUGCUUCAACUGGUUAAAAACCCAGUUGUUGACAAAUAUGAUUUAUCAAGUUUAAAAUUUAUUGUAAGCGGUGCUGCUCCAUUGAGCAAAGAGUUGAGUAAGAUGUUCAACGACAAAUUCAAGAAAAUACCUCUUAAGCAAGGUUAUGGACUUACUGAAACUACACCAGUGCUUACAUUGGGUAAAACUGAUGAUGUUGUAAUUGGGUCAUCUGGAAUUAUUAUAGCAAAUGUUGAGAUAAAAUUUAUUGAUGAAAAUGGAAAAGAACUUGGAGUUAAUGAAGAAGGUGAAAUAUGUGCUCGUGGUCCAAACAUCAUGAAGGGUUAUCUUAAUAAUGAAAAAGCCACUAAAGAAUGUAUGGAUAAAGAUGGAUUUUUUCAUACUGGAGAUCUUGGUUAUAUUGAUGAAAAUGGGAAUGUUUUCUUGGUUGAUCGUGUAAAAGAACUUAUCAAGUAUAAGGGCCAUCAAGUUGCACCUGCAGAACUUGAAUCAGUUCUACUUUCCAACCCUAUAAUUUCCGAUGCAGGUGUAGUUGGCAUAUAUUCAGAACAAGACGCUACAGAAUUACCAGUUGCUUAUGUCGAACUAGUAAAUCCAGCCGCCAAACUGUUGUGCGUGAAAAUGAAGCCUAUGUGA